UUUUCGGGUCGCGGCCUCCCGGAGAAGCGGCUCCUGAGGCUGAGCACCCGCCUGAGUGCUCGGUAUCCGGUACCCAGGACCCGCCCAAGCCCCCGGUACUCGGUACCCAGGACCCGUCUGAGCCCAUGUGAGCGCUUGUCGGGGCACCACACAGGACACCGUCUGUUCCUCGCUUUCCGUUAGAGGAUCUGAGCGUCGACAUGGAGGAGUGAAGCGAGUGGCAGUCAGCACUUCAUGGACCAGAUGAUCCAGUCGGACUGUCAGCAACUCAGCUUCGGAGGGGAGGUAGCUGUAUCCACUUGGGAGGUUGGCAUAUCCAAGGGGUGUCAUGAAGUUUUCAGGACCCUUGGAGAGUCAGAGGCUGUCCUUCCUGUUGGAAAAUGCAGUCUCUAGGGAAGAACAGAUGUGGAAGGUGUAUGUGCCAAAAUACCUAUCCAAUCCGGAUACAGAUGUCUCUCCAGCACAGCGGGAUGAGGUCAUUCAGUGGCUGGCUGACUUGAACAGAAAAUUUCACUUUUAUCCAGAAACACUUUCUCUUGCUAUCACAAUUUUGGACAGGUUUUUAGCUCUGGUAAAGGCCCGUCCAAAGUAUCUGUGGUGUAUAGCUAUCAGUUGUUUCUUCCUGGCAGCUAAAACCAAUGAAGAAGAUGAGAUCAUUCCAUCUCUAAAGGACAUGGUAAAGACCAGCAACUGUGGUUGUUCAUCUGCAGAUAUUCUGAGAAUGGAGAGGAUUGUACUGGAUAAAUUGAACUGGGAUUUGCACACAGCAACACCCUUGGAUUUUCUUCAUAUUUUUCAUGCGAUGAUGAUAUCCAGCCGUCCCCAGUUACUGAGCAACCUGCCUAAGAUGACCCCGUCCCAACACAUUGCACUCCUUAUUCGGCAGCUACAGCACUGUGUGGCUUGUCACCAGCUUCUACAAUUCAAGGGCUCUACACUCGCACUGGCUAUCAUCAGUCUCAAGCUGGAAACAUCUAUUCCUGAUUGGCUAGCUGUCACUAUUGAUCUGCUGAAAAAGGCACAGCUUGAUAGCUUACAACUAAUUCGUUGUCGAGAGCUUGUGGCUGGACACCUAUCCACAUUUCGGGCUUCCCUACCAUCCAAUGAGGUGUACAUCUACAACCCCUGCAAACAAACCAUGGUGCUGUGUGGUAGGGGAGCACUUAAAUUAUACUCCUCCCCUACCACAGAGCCAGAGUUUGUUGUCAAGGAUGCCACCAAGAGAAUUAGCAGUACAGCAGCACCCUGUCAUCGCCUACCUGAUUCCUAUAGCUGCAAGCAGGCCUCGGCAAAACGCAAAGUAGAGGACGUGGAAAUGGAUGACUUCUAUGAUGGAAUAAAGCGUUUGUACAAUGAGGAGUGCAGUCAAGAAAUUGUAGGGAUAGAUACUGUAUCCUCUAGCUGUAGCACCAAUCUACAGAUUAAAGAUGGCAGUAUCUCUCCUUGUCCUCCACUUCAGCCAGUUGCAGUCAUUUAACUAGUCAAAGUGACUGAAGUUUAGGGCUUGAGCUGCACCACAAGAUGAUAGUGUUGAAGGGCAUACCUUACCAGGCUGAAAUGAAGUGAGCCAAACAUUUUCAUGCUGCUAAUUUUAGUCUAAUCAUUUAUUCAAGCACUCAAAAAAGUAUAAAAAUAUACUAAAAAUAUUAAAAGACCCAAAAACUGGAACAAAAAAAUUGUAGCAAUUUUAAAGUUUUGUCGUCAGUAUAAUUGCAUCUGUUUCUAAAUCUUGACACGUUUUUGUGCUGUCUGUUCUGUUCCAAAUCUACAAUUCACUGUGACAUAUUCAAUUUAACAGCCUAGUUGUUACUUACCAUCCAAUUUCAUCCUGUAGUUUCUUGUGCUUAAAUACGUUGAUGUGCAUGUUUUACACACACUGACCUUUUGAGGAGGAUUUUUGAACUCUCUUCAGCACGUGUGAUGUUUAACAAAAGUUGUCAAGCAAACAAAUUUUCUUGAGGCCAGCUGCUGCACAAACUGCCCAAAAACUAAAAUUGUUGGGAGGUUUUGGUUAUGAACAAAAAGUUCCUUUUUAAACAUUGCUGCAAAGUCCUCUAAAUUUGUUUUAUUAUGGAAACAGCACUGAGUUUUAUUUCAUUAAAUUUGGAAGAGAUGCUGUUCUUUUGGGUCUGAAACAAAUGUUAUUUAGUUUUUUUUAAAAUGUGGUUGAUUUUAUGUGAAUUCUAAGCAUUGUUUUGUAAUGUUAAAAUCAGUUAACUAAAAUGGUGUACCACAGUUUAGAUGUCUAUUUAUUUGUCCUUUUCAUUGCAUUGUGCCAUUUUGGGAAACCAUGAACUUGCCAUAAUUGUACAUCAGUUUCGUUUACACAAACCUGAGUUUUGAAACUUUAUGCAAAAACAAACUUCAGUUCACAUCACAGGAUUUAUUACCAGGAAUUCACAUAUGAUCAAAAAUAAUUCUAAAUGGACAGUUAUUUAAAAUUAAACCUAUUUUAGCUUCACUAUGCUUUAUCCCAAAUGUGGAGGGGAAAGAUGCGAUUGUUAUUUUCACUCCUUCCAGUUUCUUAAAUCAUCUGACUUUGGGCACAGUGCUCUCUCUACAGUCUGAAAAAGGUACUGCAGUCUUUGAAAAAGUGCAAUUGUACUGAAGUGCUUCUGGCAGCAAUAAAGUUGUCCUUGAUUCAUUA